GGCGGGAGCGGCGGCGGCUGCGGGCCGGGACAGGUGCGUGCGGCCGGGCUGAGGGGGGCAGCGGGGCGGGGGGAUGCGCUCGGCCGACGCAGGCAGGGCUUGGGGUCGGGGGGUGUCCCUUGGGCGGUGGGCUGGGACGGCACCGGCUGUGAUCGUUCCGAAACGCCGUGGAAGAGCCGCGUGGCGUAACUUGUAGCUGAGGAUCCGCUUAGAGUGAUGCGUGACCGCACCUGCGGGCUGUGCUGCGGCACCCGGGGUCGGAACCAAACGGGGCGGAACGGCCGCCCGUCCGUCCGUGUGCCUCGCGGUCCCCGACUGCUCUCCGGUGCUCUGCGCGACCCCCAGCAGCCGUUGUCCUGUGCCAGCCGCCCAGCCCCGGGCUUACGGCGCUCCCACAGGGCUGUGAGCUCGUACAGAGAUCCUGGCGGCAUCCUUCUGCUGCCUGCAGGGCCGGGCCCUGCCUGGGUACGGCGUGGGACAGCCUGCAUAGCACAGCUCCGACUCCGGGUACUGCUGUGUCAGUCUGCGGCCGAGCUGGGAUCGCUCUCACACCUUCACGUGGCUGUUAAUGUAUUGCAAGAGAGCUUUGUGGGCUUAACCGGAGGAGCCGCCUGCGUUUUAAGUGCCGGAUCCCUACGCUUUAUAUGGACCCGAGGGGUUCCACACGCAGGCAGAGCAGCCGAGCUGGGGACAGUGACACGUGUCCCUGGUCUUGUGCCCUCAGCGUGGGGAGCUGGGCAGGGCUGUUUAAACACAGGCUGGGGAGAGAUCCUGAUCUCUCCCAGUAAUUACGUAUGGGUUAACCCUCAUCUUGUAAACGGGCUUUCAUCGGUUUCCAGGGGCGUCCGCGACGAGUCUGGUGGUGUUAACCUCUUCUCAGCCUUUCUGCUUACAACAGUUUCUUCUGGACGUGCUUGGCAAGAUGGAGCCGCCGACCUCCUCCAGGCUGAAUUCCCGAAAGAGAAGAAAAGAUGGAUCUGGCCCCAACGGGGCGACAGAGCUGGAUGGAAUCCCUGCAAAAAUGUCCCGGCGCUCAUUCGGACUGAGGGAGCCAGCUCCGUUUUCAGAUGAAGUGGAAAUCGAUUACAGCAAACCGUACAUCAGAGUGACGUAUGAAGAAGCGAUGAGAGGGACCCCUUUGGAUCGCCCUGUCAGAGUUUACGCUGAUGGAAUAUUUGACUUGUUUCACUCUGGACAUGCCCGGGCCUUGAUGCAAGCGAAGAACCUCUUCCCAAACACAUACCUCAUUGUGGGAGUCUGCAGUGAUGAGCUAACCCAUAACUUCAAGGGCUUCACGGUGAUGAAUGAGAACGAGCGGUAUGAUGCCGUGCAGCACUGUCGCUACGUAGAUGAAGUGGUGAGAAAUGCACCGUGGACGCUCACCCCUGAAUUCCUGGCAGAGCAUAGGAUCGACUUUGUGGCACACGAUGACAUCCCUUAUUCUUCUGCAGGCAGUGAUGAUGUUUAUAAGCAUAUAAAAGAAGCAGGCAUGUUUGCACCAACACAGAGGACUGAGGGGAUCUCAACAUCAGAUAUCAUCACCCGGAUCGUGCGGGACUACGAUGUUUAUGCCAGGCGGAACCUGCAGCGGGGCUACACGGCUAAAGAGCUCAACGUCAGCUUCAUAAACGAGAAGAAAUAUCACCUGCAGGAGCGUGUGGAUAAGGUGAAAAAAAGGGUGAAGGACGUAGAGGAGAAGUCAAAAGAAUUUGUCCAGAAAGUGGAAGAGAAGAGUAUUGAUCUCAUUCAGAAGUGGGAAGAGAAGUCUCGAGAGUUCAUUGGCAAUUUCCUGGAGAUGUUUGGCCCAGAAGGCGCACUGAAACACAUGCUGAAGGAGGGCAAGGGCCGGAUGCUGCAGGCCAUCAGCCCGAAGCAGAGUCCCAGCAGUAGCCCCACUCAUGACCGCUCCCCAUCUCCCUCCUUCCGCUGGCCCUUUUCAACCAAGACUCCUCCUUCCUCGCCAGCCAACCGCUCCAGGAAUGAGUCUGCAGUCACCUAUGACAUCAGUGAAGACGAAGAGGAUUAAGCUGCCAGCCAGGAUUUGCUGCGAACUGCUGAUCGCUGAAUCCUAAGUCCAGACCCACUGUGGGGGGAACUCUAAAUGAACAGGAGAGCCAUAGGAACAGGGCUGAUGGUGAGCGUAGGGCCUGGAAGGCACCCGCUGCUCUUAGCAAGGGCUGCUGCCUGGAAGCACAUUCAGACCUCCUCUCCCUUCUCCCCAAAUUCCCUUUUUAUUGUUUACGUUCUAGUGUUCUCCAGGGGAAAGAUGGAUUUUAUAUUUUAAGAAACUAGUCUUUUAAAACACAAAGAAUAGCACUGCAGCGUGGCUCUUCUUUUUGGUUUCUUUUCCCCUCUUAAACUCUCGAGGUGAGAUGGAGAGUGGUAAGACCAAUCUGUCCCUUCUUUUCUUCAGCUCUUCAGUCUUAUACCUCCCACCCCCAGGCAGUAUCCAUGCCACUGCCAAAUGAAAGACCCCUCAGUUCCUCAACCAGCAGCACCUCAAGAGCAUGCAGGAAGCAGCCUUGCAUAGAGGCUGCUGGGAAAUAGGGGGACCUCUCUGCUGCACUGGGGCUGAUAGGAAUCCAUCUGGCAGACUCUGUAGUGCUCUCGCACCUCUUAGCUGAGCUUGCCAGUGUGUCACAGCAAGGGUGUGCUGGGAUGGGGGCAGCUGGCUUAGAGUGCAUGAGCUACACCCUGGAAGAGGUCGCAGCUCCACGGCUGCACACCCUGUAAGCAUGCAGUAUUUGCAGCUCCAAAACUGCACAGAGGGCUGCAGGAGAAAGGCCUUUCCAGCCAAUCUUAACAGGACUGCUAAACCUUGACCUAAAAUAGAGCCCUCAGUUGCUGUUGGAGAGAAGAGAGUGAAUCUUUGCUUAAGGGCACUUGCUGUCUGUGCGUUUCCUAUGGUGUGAGGGAGCCCAGGUAGGAAAUGAAUGUGUACACUCCUUUGGGAAGCUCCUUGUCCCAGUCUCUGCUGUGUCAUGAGUUUUACUGUCUGUCCAAACAGCCCUUCAACACUGUGCUCUGUGCGUGCUUGUGUUUCAGUUGCUGGCUCUAGGGGCUGGAGCAGUCCUUUUCACUGGUGCUGUGAAGUUGCUGCUGUAAGGACACAACAUGACCUCAUACAGCCAACUUAAUCCAUGGGGGUGUGUGCAGCUGGACAGAUGAAGGGCACAUUUUACCCUAAUGGAGGGCCACAGUCUCACGUGACAGUUCCCUGCCUUGCACAAAUCUGUGCCCAUUUAGUCUGCUCCUCGAGGCAGGCCGGAGAGCCUCAGAGAGCACUGCAGCUUGUUCAGAUUUUAAACAUGUGAUCUGCUGAUUUGAAAUCGUGGUCCUAGUCCUGCCUGCCGUUGUUUGUGUAGUGAGCAUUGAGCUGCAUGGUCUCCAGCUCUGUGUGCUGCGUGCUCAUGCACUGAGCUGCUCCUGUGCUCUGUACUGGCAGCCAGUGCCAGAGGGAGUGGGCUGCUGCCUCCCACUUGCUUAUCCAUUCAGGUUUGCCUGUGACAUCCAAAGUCUCUGGGUGGAGCUGCUGGGCUGAGCAGCCCGUGUGCUCCUGCAGUGCUGUGAGCAGUAUUGCAGGGAGCUCUCCCAAGUGGGAUGUGAGGUUUGUGGAACAGCAGUUGCAAGGAGAUUAAUCCCAAUGCUGCCACGAGCUCUGGGCCGAGCAGUGCUGCCAGGGAUGCUCCGGGGAAGGAGCAAAAUGCUGCUCAUCAGCUCUUACCUUGCUGAUCUCCUGUCAUUGCCCAGAGGGCUUGAUGGAAACUCGUAGGAAAGAAAUCUCUUUGCUCUGUGCUUCUGUUGAGGCUAGAGCCUGUGUUGAGAGUAUUUGGGGGGAUUCCUAAUCUGCCACUCAGUCCUCCAGCAGGGAUGUGCCCAGCUCUGGGAGCAUAGCUGGCUGCUGUUGAUGUUUAAGCUGUACAGAGCGAGGAACAGUCACUUGGUACAAGCCAGUUUUUACUCACCUGGUUUAUGAGUCAUAAAGCACUUCAUUUGUAUCACCCAUGUUCUUUCUUCCCUGCCUUUCCCACCUCCCCUCCUUUGCCCUUCCCUCACUCUGGGUGUUGCAUUGCUUUCUCUAGGCAGGCCAUGCUGUGCCAGAGCCUCACUACUGUUCUAAACACAAGUUAUGCAGCAGUGUUCUGUACUUUGGGAUAACAGUGGUGUUUCGGAUGGUGGCUUGUCCCAUGGAGACCCUGCAUAUUGCUUGGUGUCUGCACAACCCGGGGUGCUUGGUAAGAAGCCAGACAUGAUUUAACACGUAGCUUGGAAUAACAGAACUGUUCCUCAUAGCCAGUAAUCCCUGCUUCCUCCUUGCACUUAAAUUAAAAUGGCCACUCGAAUUCUACGCUACUGUUCUUUUAUUUAUUGGCUUUUUAGUUUUGUUUGUUUCCUCCUGGAUUGCUGACCUCACCCCCAGUGCUGUCUUAUAAGUAUGGCAGAGCUUUGUCUUUGGACACAAGACAUGAGCUGAGUUCUCCAGCAUCUUGUCUCUCUCAGACACACGUGGUGCUGCUGCUUCGAGGCUGUUCUGCAUAUACCCUUCACCCAUCCCACCCUCUUCAAAAGAAGCAUCAGGAAGAGAACUGAGCAUGAAUUAAGAGGCAGACUGGCAAAAUAAAACAUCACUAGCGUGCAUUGAAGAACAUGCAGUCCUAUGUGGAAUUUAGUGCUCCUAAAGCUAGAGGCAUUGGCUUCUGUGAGGCAGUCCUGCCUGAGAGGGACUGUACUGGGAUUAUUGGGAUCCAGCUCUCGUAACCUGAGGUGGGUGCUGGAGCAGCAAAUAGGCUGGCAAUAGCCAGAACACAGUCUGCAUCUUCCCCUUGUGCCCUCCGAGAAGACAGACGUGCUCACGAGGACUCCCUGCUGUCAGAGUUGGGUUUCCUGCCUGCUGCGGGUAAGGAGCUGUUCAACGAGGUGACCCAGUGCCAUACUUUGCUCCUUGACCGUGUGCUGCAUGUGCUGAAACCCAUGGGCUUUCUGGGUGCUACCACUUGUGUUGGUGCCUACGAGGCUGUGUUGGUGGUGGUCACGGUCCGUUGCUAGGAGGGUGUCCAGUUGGACAAUCUUACAACUGAUCACCAAAGUAUCUGCUGGCUGAGCAGUUUCACUUUGAGCUCGACUACCCAUAAGAAGUUUGAGUCACUUCCCCCUGGGUGGGACAGAGCUUUUCCCUGAAAUGAAUGAGCUGAAUAAGUACAAACUGGGAGCUCUGCCCUUCCCACUCCUCCCUUCCCUGGUGUGUUGUGCUGGGCAGAGGCCGUGUGAUGGGGGCUUAGGAGGGAGGCCCUGGGAGAGCACUGCUGUGCAGCUCAUGGGAAGUUUUGGUGGUGCCCAGCAGCAAGCUCUGCUCUUAGCACCCAUGAUCUGCCCAUCUGUGCCCAUCUCUGACCAUAGAGCAUCAGUUGGUUGUGCUGUCCCCUCCAGCCCCAGCUGCUUCAGGCUGGCUCUUCCCGAUCAGUGUCCCCUGUGCUGGUUUGUCUGUAUGGCCCUAUGUGCACAGCUCUGUCUUAUUUGCACUGAGUUGGUUUUUUUUGGCAUUUAUCAUGAGCCAAAUAAAUGCAAAAUCAUUUUA